AUGUAUAUCUCCCGUGCAACAAAGUUCAAACCGAGGCCUCCACCAUCCCCGUCAGGUCGCAAAUACUUGGAAGAGUCGAAAAAGCUCGCCAUAGAGUUCUGCGACAAUACGUCUAUCCAUGGAGUUAAGUAUUUUGUCGGUUCUAAUCGGGCUUUGAUUGAAAAAGUUUGGUGGAUUGUUGUGUUUUUGCUGUCACUCUACGGCUGCGGUAGACUCAUUCAAACGGUUUACAUGAAAUGGGACCGGGAACCGGUCAUCGUAACGUUCGCCCAAAAACCCACUCCCGUGUUCCAGAUUCCGUUUCCAGCGGUAACCAUCUGCCCGGAAACCAAAGUGAAGGCGGCCAAUUUGAAUUUCACCAAGACGUACUAUUACAGCAGAUUUCCGUUGCUGCGAAAGCAGCUCACCGAUGACCAACUCAACAAACUGUUGGCAAUGCUACAAGUUUGCGAGUUUGCCUUUAGUGACCAGUUCGAUAAUCAAACAUACGACGACGACUGUGUCAGUUUGCUGAAGGAGAUGUCAAUUCCACAGGAUGAGAUUUUUGUGGUUUGCAGUUGGCGCACGUCUUACGAGAAUUGCUCAACCGAUUUUAGGUUGACGCUGACCGAUGUGGGAUUCUGCUACACUUUCAACUCCAUUGCUGGAGAUGAUCUACUGCGGACGGACCAACUACACAAUGAUUUUGAGUAUAUUGCGGAGACUCGGUCUACUAACUGGACACUGCAUGAAGGCUACCCACCUGGUACCGACAUCGACACGUAUCCAAGAAGGGUUCUAGGGGCUGGAAUCAAAGCCGGAGUGGCCGCUCUCAUCAAAGCUAAUGAGAGCGAUUUGGAUUAUUUGUGUGGGAACUCUUUUCAAGGAUUCAAGGUCUUACUUCACAUGCCUAACGAGUACCCCCAGCUUCUAAACCAGCACUUUCGUGUACCACUGAAUCAAGAGGUAGCCGUAUCGGUAACUCCUCGGAUGAUCAUCACGUCGGAAUCCAUUCAAUCGUACAAACCGAACCGCCGACAAUGUUUCUUCAACAACGAACGCUACCUGAAGUUCUUCAAGGACUACACCCAAAGCAACUGCGAGCUGGAAUGCCUAGCUAAUUUUACCCUUCGCCGAUGUGGCUGUGUCAAAUUUUCCAUGCCACGGUCUCCCAAGGUGAAAAUUUGUGGAGUCACUAUGGAAAAGUGCUACGAGAUAGCUACGGUGGAGCUGUUGGAGAUGGAGGUCAAGUAUCGCGAGAAUCCACGGUUGAAGAACCUGGACGACUGUAACUGUCUGCCGUCGUGCACUUCGGUACAGUACAAUACGGAGAUAUCGCAGGCGUCGUUCGAGUGGAAGCGGUUGCUUCCCGUGGUGAAAACUUUCGGGGACUCUUUGAAAGGCGUUCAAGUAUCAUACUUGAUUGUGUUCUUCAAGGAUGCCCAGUUUAUUCCGGUGAAGAGAAGUGAACUCUUUGGAUUGACCGACUUUCUGGCCAACUGUGGUGGUUUGCUGGGGCUAUUUAUGGGCGUUAGCAUUCUGAGCUUAGUGGAAAUUUUCUACUAUUGCAUCAUCAAACCGUUGGUUAUGUGGUGCAAAGCGAGUAAACCGGAAAAGGAGCAGCAGCAAGUACAGGUUAAAACUGUUAGUAGCUUGGCGGAGCCUAUCAGCAUCUGGCGAUAUGAAGGCAAGAUGUAG